UCGGUCGAUUCGAUUUGCUUACUCGAACUUUGUGUAAUUGUGCCGUAAAAAAAGUGAAUUUUCGUGUGAUUUUUACAAAAUUGGAUCGCAUCUGCUACUGAAGCAUCCAAAAUGAAGAUUAAGGAGCUCCAGAAAACGGUAAACGUGGCAUGGUCCCCGGUUCAGCAAACCCCCAUUAUGCUGGCUGCUGGAACAGCAGCUCAGCAGUUGGAUUCCUCUUUCAGCACCUCGGCCGCUUUGGAGUUGUACUCGAUCAACCUAUCGGAUCCGAGUUAUGAUUUGGAAUUAGUUGGGAGUCAGACUAGCUCUCAUCGAUUCCACAAGGUGCUAUGGAGUCCGUUCGAUUAUGGUGAAAAUCACCCCAACGGUCUAAUUGUUGGAGGAUGCGAAAGUGGAAUUAUUCAAGUGUAUAGUGCAGCAAAACUGCUGGAAGGUGAAAAUGGCCUGAUUGCUCAGCAGGAUAAACAUAACGGUGCUGUUCGAAGCAUGGACUACAAUCCAUUCCAACACAAUUUGCUAGCGUCGGGUGCAUCAGAAUCGGAAAUAUUCAUUUGGGAUCUAAACAACACUACUAUGCCAAUGAGUCCCGGUCAAAAAAUUCAACCAUACGAGGACAUUCAAGGUCUAGCGUGGAACCGUCAGGUUCAGCAUAUUCUUGCUUCCGUGUUUCCCUCUCGAUGUGUGAUUUGGGAUUUGAGGAAGAACGAACCCAUUAUUAAGCUGAGUGAUACACAGACACGGGUUCGCUGGCGAGCUGUCCAGUGGCAUCCGGAGGUCGCCACCCAACUCUGGAUGGCCAGUGAAGAGGACCAGGCUCCGUCGAUACAAUUGUGGGAUUUGCGUUAUGCCACUGCACCAGCUAAAAGUUUCCAUAUUCAUCAGCGUGGAGUGCUUGGGCUUACCUGGUGUUCAAAAGAUUUCGAUCUAGUUGCUUCCUGUGGCAAAGAUAAUAAGAUUUACUGCUGGAAUCAAAAUUCAGAGGAUCCGAACGGCGAAAUUCUUUCCGAGCUGGCAACAACGAACCAGUGGAACUUUGACGUUGCAUGGUGUCCUCGAAAUCCGGCGUUGAUCGCAGGAUCUAGCUUCGAUGGCAAUGUAACAGUCUAUUCGAUAUUUGGCGGUGUUCAUCAGCAAGUGCAGACCGUGAAUAAAAUAGCCGACUCGUUUCCAGGAAUGGAGAGCAUUGGGCACGAACCGGUUCAUCAGUUGACCGCCCAAGUCCAGCCUACGUGUAAUGAUCUCAAGCGGGCACCUAAAUGGCUGAAGCGACCCGCUGGUGCUUGCUUCGGUUUCGGUGGUAAGCUGAUCACUUUCAAUGGAACCAAUCGAUGGAUUACGGUAAAUCAAGUGAUAACCGAUCCUGAGCUAGUGGACCGCUCAAACAGGCUAGAGCAGGUCCUAGCUGAGGGUAGUUUUGCCGAUUAUUGCCGCCAGAAGGCAGAUCAGACAAACGAUCAACAUUCGCGCUUCCUGUGGUACUUUUUGAAGGCAAAUUUUGAGGAGAAUCCACAUGCUGAGAUGCUCAAUCUACUGGGCUACCAUGCUGAGGAUAUUGUCAACAAGUUUAAGAAAUAUACAGACAGUAGCAAGGAAACUAUGACUCCACCGGCAGAACCAGUCAACCCGGUCGAUAGUUUGACUGAUCAAAUGGCGGGACUGAGUAGGACAAUGGAUAACAAUGCUGUCUUCGAUGCCAUCGCUGCCGGUAACAAAAUGUUGAACGACCCGAAUUCCUCGACCGAGGUGGAGCCGAAAAGUGAUGAAACCGAGAAGAAAACCUACUGUCCCUACCGAAUUCGCACCGGUCAAGAUAGUGAGGGUUUGAUCUGUGAGGCUCUGCUGACCGGAAACUUGGAGGCAGCCGUUGAACUUUGCAUGAACGCCGGCAAGACCACCGAAGCGCUAAUUCUGGCUAUGAAUGGCGGGUCUGAACUGUUGGCACGAGUGCAGUUACGUUACUUGAAGAAUAGCGAAAGUUAUCUAGCGAACAUCAUCUCGGCCCUCGUGACGGAAGAUUGGAGUGGUGUCGUUACGCAAUGCACGAUCGACUCCUGGAAGGAAGCAUUAGUGGCGGCCCUGACGCAUUGCAAGAAUCAGUUGCCUUUGCUUUGUGAGAGGCUCGGAGAACGACUGCAGAUUGAAGCUGGAACGGACACUGAAUUGGCUCGGAAUGCAAUUUUCUGCUACAUUUGCGCGGGAAGCACUGAAAGGCUGGUGGAAGCUUGGAAUCUCCAAAAGCCGAACAAUGCAUUGACUGAUUUCGUAAACGGAGAACCUGACAAGAACAACAACAGUAACCGGGACCUACAGGAACUGGUAGAAGUAGCAAUGCUGCUUCAAAAGGCUCUGGAAAAGCAAGGAAGAGCAACAAACGUCACCGGAAAGUUAGCCGAUCUUUUGUCGCAGUAUGCUAGUUUGUUAGCAGCACAGGGCUCGUUGAAUUCGGCUUUGACUUACGUUGGCAAUUCCACGGAUCCUGGAAUGGAAGAUUUGAGAGACCGUCUAUAUUACGCCCUAGGGCACAAGAGCAAUGUGCCAGUUCAGCAAAAUAAUUAUUACGCUACGGGACAACGUGGUUCUGUAAGCAAUCAACAGCCACCAACUUUUAACCCAAUGUUCCCAACUGUUGGUCAAGCUGCCAAAAUGAAGGGUUGGCAAUCAACUAAUGCAGCUCCAGUUGCUGCCCCAGCUCCGGUUCCUACCAUCCCUCAACCAAUGAAUCAGACAUCUUGGAAUACAAGCCCGUUCCAAAGCGGACAUCCUCCACAACAGUCUCCUGUGGUUUCUCAAUUCGCUCCGGUUGCCCCACUGACUGCAGCACCCCCCGUAACAAGCAAACCUCCAAUGGGACCUCCACCGACAACAGACCCAUUGCUACCACCUCGUCCAUCAUCUGUAAACUCCCAAUCGGGAUCUACUCCACUAACUCGAGCCAAAUAUGUUCUUGAUCCUUCGGUAACGUCCGGUCCAUCAUACGGCCAAACAUCUGCCAAUCUGUACAACCCAAAUGCUUUCCAAUCAUCUCCCUCAUCACAGUUUAAUCAAUUCAACACUCAAUCAAUCAACCAACAGCCCCAAGCAUCGCUAUAUAAUCCCCCGCAGCAAGCUCAGCACACCAACAACUUCAAGCCCUUCACUCCGGCUCCUCUGGUACAACCGGGCGCAUCUCCGUACAUCCCUGGAGUUUCGCCAUUGGACGUUUCGGCACCGCCCACAGCGUCGAUGGCUCCACCACCAAUGGGCAACUAUCAGAAAAAUCCAACUCCCCCUCCUGGUUGGAACGAUCCACCUGCCCUGAAGAGCAAUACCCGAUCACAGGCGAAACCUGAAGCUGCUACAGUGGCCCCCAUUACAUCGCCGCUACCAGGUGGUUUCCCAACACAACCGCAAAACGGAUAUCCGGAUCCGAAUAGUAAUUAUAUGCCGGGUCAGUACUUACCAACCGGAACACCUGGCUUGCCACCCCAGCAGCCGGCCAUAUUUAAUCCUGCUAUGGCUGGUAGUCAACCUCAGCAGCAAACCGGAGUUGUCAACUAUCAGAACUUCCAACAAAACUUGCCAUACCAGCAGCAACAGCAGCAGCAGCAGCAGCAGCAGCCGCUACAGCAGCAACAACAACAACAACAACAGCCAGGAGCCAAUUUCAAUGCCAACUAUCGGCAACAACCCACCCCUCAGCCGGCUGCACCGGUUGUACCCGAGCCACCAAAGCAGAAGCCACCACUACCCGAAGAGUAUAUCUACUUACAGACAGUAUUCGAAGAGUUGAAAAAGAACUGCAUUGAUGCGGCUGGUAACCCGCAAACUAAGAGGAAACUAGAGGAUGUCUCGAAAAGAUUAGAGUCUUUAUACGAUUUGCUCCGUGACCAUCGGUUAUCGCAAAAUACCCUCACGUCACUCGGUCAGUUGGUGCAGCUGAUUCAAGCUGGUGAUUACGCCAACGGCAUUGGACUGCACACACAAAUGGUAUCUGGGCCCGAUUUCGCUCAGAUUGCUAGCUUCAUGCCGGGUAUCAAAGUUUUGCUGCAGUCCGCAAUGCAACUGCAGGUGUAUCUUCGGUAAGCAAAGGGUACGGAUCAACAAAAGACAGUGUAGUAGCUGUAAGGCGAACAGAGUUAAUUAGAUAACGAAAAUACAAAAUUCACUGUUGACGAAUUCUACUUGUGACAGUUGCGAAUGAAGCAAAGACGAUAUGGUUGCAUUUAAGUUAGAUUACUUCCAGAUUUUUGCGUUGUUUCUUGUUUGACCAGACACGAUCCGUUAUUUGUCCAUUUUGUACUGUGUAUGAUCGCGUGAGUAUGUGGACCAUAAAUUAAUGUUAGUAAAAAUGUAUUUCCUGAAGUUCUUAUUAUCCUGAAUAUAUGUACGCAUUACUCUCAGUUAAACUCUAUUUACAGUGCAUUAUUUUAACGCUAAUAUACUCGAGAAUAAAUUUCAAAAUAUUACAAAAUGA